AACUUUAAGCAAAAAACUAGGAAUGAAACGAUCAUCCAAUUAAAGCUUUCUGGAAUCUCUUCGCACGGCAAAAAGUCAGUAAAGCAGCGAAUUUCACACACCCUAAAAUAACUCGAUCGUAACGAUUGCCUUAUCGUGCGCUGUGUCACUUUCGUGUUGCAUCCAUCUACGGAUUCGGUGUGUUUGAACCAAUUUUCCUGUGUUUCUGUGCGCGGAAGCUACCGUAAAAGCAUUCACCAUAGGGCUAUCGGAGACAGCCGUGAUGGAUAUAAUGGCCUCGAACCUGCAGCAGCAACGAGCAAUCACUGAGCAGCUCCGGCGUGAAGCUGCCAUCCAGCGCAUUACGGUUUCGCAGGCCGUAGCGGACAUCGUGAAGUAUGUGACGGAACAUCAAGCCGAGGAUUGCCUGCUGGUAGGAUUCUCCAGCCAGAAGGUGAACCCGUUCCGCGAGAAGAGCUCCUGCAGUAUCCUGUAAGCUGGGGAGCGCAGAUGCCUCCCGUCCAUCACCAUGGCCUUGUACCGAAGGAAGAAUUCACUUGCGCUUGGAAUUCUGAUGGGUAAAACGAGUUGGAAGAUGGACAGUUUUGUCGUCGGAAGGCCCAAUGACGUCAUCGGUGAUGGUGUAGUAGGGGGCAAGCUCAAAAUCACCGUACCACAAAGUUAUUUGAUGUGUUAAGUGUCUAUUUGAAACUGGAGUCAGCGCCCUGGCAAACUAACACGUACCAUCCUACGCAACCUAUACAAUGCCAAACGUAUCAAAAUUGCCUGUAGUGAAGGAGGGAAGCAACAGUUUGUUGUUUCCGAAUGUCACUGAUCACACAUCUCCCCAUAUCUGUCGCUUCUGAACGUAGCGUAAAGCAUGCAAUAGAACUAUAAGUCUCAAAAUCAUACCCCUACUACUGUCGUAGUACAACCUCGUCCGCAUAAACUCCGACCGCGAUCAGAUCCCAAAUGGAACACUUUGUCAAAACCAGAUCCGUAGAAGGUAUACUCCUCUGGGGAAAUUCCCACGAAAGAAUGCCAACGUGUUUUUAUAGAAAUUUUACCCCAGCACCAACAUACCCGUUGUCAUAGUAACGCCCGGGCAUCUACUGAAUCUUACGACAGACUGGAGUUUUCUCGUACGCUUCCAUUCGUUUUUAACCUACAUGUAUACUGAGGGAUAGCUGGAAUGUAAGCUAGUUCCGCAUUUCCUAUAAUUUUGAAAGGGGAAUCUCAAGCGAACUCACAAAAUUGAAUACCAAAUAUUUAGUAACACACAAAACAAAAAAAGAACUCACAAUACUUACAAGGGUAAAGAAACACAGGACAAAUAAGGUAACCACUGCUCUCGUUCAAGAUGUAGUAGCCAAUUAGACUUUAUAUAGCUGCUGACUCUCGUCGGUGUUGUACAAGCAUAUUAGGAAAACAAAGCGCAAAGGAAAAAGCAAAUCUUAUAUCAAUGUUACUACUAUAUUAUAUUUACCACUACCGAAUUACACACCCAACUGUCGUCGUUGGUUCACUCGGAUGCAUUCGUCCAUCGAGCGGGAUAUUAGCAUGAGGCCGGAGGUUUUACGACCGGUUCCUACAAGUGGCUAGCCAGAAUUUCGACCUGGAACGCCGGAAAUGCGAUUCUUUGCUUGCGAACGGAUGGAAAUAAUGUAUAACGUGCAACUAAUAAACAGUGGACUAUUUAACUGUGUCGU